UGGGCAUCUGGAGAGCCUCCUGUUUCCGUCUCCUCGUGUUGCUUUACUACCAUGAGCAGUUCCACUCCAUCCACAGCUAAUGGCACUGACAGUAAAACGUAUAAAGGAGAACGAUCUCCUUGUGGCCCUUCCCGUGUCCUCCACGUCCGCAAAGUUCCCAUCGAAGUGUCUGAGGCAGAGGUCAUCUCACUAGGAGUCCCUUUCGGCAAAGUCACCAACCUGUUGAUGCUUAAAGGGAAAAACCAAGCUUUUAUAGAAAUGGCUUCUGAAGAAGCAGCAAUCACCAUGGUCAACUACUACACCACAGCCACACCCCAUGUUCGCAACCAGCCCGUCUACAUCCAGUAUUCCAACCACCGUGAGCUCAAGACUGAUAAUCUGCUCAAUCAGGGGAGGGCUCAGGCUGCUCUGCAAGCUGUCAAUGCUGUGCAUUCUGGGAAUAUGAGUCUCUCUGGGACUGCAACAGCCAGUGAUGGUGGAAUGAUGCCUGGACAAAGUCCUGUGCUUCGUUUAAUCGUAGAGAAUCUCUACUACCCAGUGUCUCUAGAAGUGCUACACCAGAUCUUCUCAAAAUUCGGAACGGUCCUGAAGAUCAUUACCUUCACCAAGAACAACCAGUUCCAGGCCUUGCUACAAUAUGCAGAUCCAAUGAACGCACAUCACGCCAAAGUGGCUUUGGAUGGGCAGAACAUCUACAACGGCUGCUGCACUCUGCGUGUUGAAUUCUCCAAGCUGACCAGUCUGAAUGUGAAGUACAACAACGACAAGAGCAGGGACUUCACACGUCUAGACAUACCCUAAUGUUACAUUAAGUCAACCCUUUACCCCAAAUUGUGUGUGUGUGCAGGGGCUCCUGGGAUCAUUUCCUCUCCAUACCCCGGGGCGGCUGGUUUCGCCCCUGCUAUCGGUUUCCAUCAGGCAGGUCUGUCUAUGCAGACCAUGCCUGGUGCUCUGGGACCUCUCACCAUCCCUUCAUCAGCAAUGACAGGACGGAUGACCAUCCACGGCAUGGCUCCCACCACCAUCCACUCUGUGCUCCUCGUCUCCAACCUCAACCCUGACAACAUAUCACCACACGGGCUCUUCAUUUUAUUCGGAGUGUACGGAGAUGUUCACCGAGUCAAGAUUCUGUUCAACAAGAAAGAGAAUGCCUUAAUACAGAUGGCAGACGCCACACAAGCCCAGCUCGCGAUGAGUCAUUUGAACGGUCAGCGUCUGUAUGGUAAGGUGAUCCGUGUGACCAUCUCGAAGCACCAGACGGUGCAGCUCCCCAGGGAGGGUCAGGAGGACCAGGGCCUGACCAAAGACUUCAGUGGGAGCCCGCUGCACCGCUUCAAAAAGCCCGGCUCCAAGAACUUCCAGAACAUCUUCCCUCCCUCCGCCACCCUGCACCUCUCAAAUAUCCCUCCCUCCACUACGGAUGAUUUUCUAAAAGACCUGUUUGCCGGUUCUGGAUACACAGUCAAGGCCUUCAAGUUUUUCCAGAAAGACCGCAAGAUGGCUCUGAUCCAGCUGGGUUCGGUGGAAGAAGCCAUCCAGGCUCUUAUCGACCUCCACAACCAUGACCUGGGAGAAAACCACCAUCUGAGAGUGUCCUUCUCCAAAUCCACCAUCUAGCACCCCCUUCACUACAAACACACCCUUUCCCCAUCCUCCCCGUACCUGCCCUUCAACCUUCAGCAGUCUGACUGUUUCAUUCAGAGAAUAAGACUGACUGACAAACUUUAAAAAAACAAUUAUAGAUAUUCAUGGGGUAGUUUUAGAGAUUUUCAAAAGAAAAGAAAAAAAAGAAAGAUAAAAAAGCAAAUAAGAGACUACUGUAGAACCUUUAGACAGUCUCAGAGUGAGUUUGAUUUACUCUCACGAAACCAGGGCUGAAGACACAUGGGAUAUCCAUGACAAUGUGACGUUUCCGGGAACCUCCGUGUGGAGGAAGUAGGACUCCCUCUUUAGUCGACUGGCGAGGACUUUGUUGAUGUGAAACGCAGACUAACAUGAGGUGAACAUUCUCGAACAAGUCAGUGCUGAGGAAGUUUCUUCACCGCACACUUGCCGAUUACAUUGGAGACUGACGCUCCUGUAGCCCAAUGGCCUUGUUACCCCAGACCUAAUGAGGGCAGAGUCUCCUCUGUGCCUCCCCCAAAAAACAACACCUUCAUUCUCAUUGGCUGUUUCAACGGACCGCCGCAUUUCCCGUGGGAUGUAUUGAACGCACGGUCACCGUUUGAAUGUCGCUGACGUCAUUAUCAAGGUGCUGCUGGAAAAAAAAAAUCUGUAGCGACGGCCUCGACCAAUGGGCUUGUCCUUUUUCUUCAGAGUAGCAUUAAAACAAGAGUGCUAUGGAUUCAAGAAUGAGUGCAUUUAAAAUUUGCAGCUUACAAAUCUUUUGUUUCUCAGCACUUUAAUUUGAACUGAAGACAGGCACCGUGGGGAAUGUUUGGCAUCCUCUUAUCUGUUUACUGUGCAGAGAUGUAUAGCCAGAUGGUAGGCAUCUGUGAAUAGAUAGUGAAUGGCGUGAUUUGUUAUUUUUUUCUUGUAUUAUGAAAAUUUUAUAUCAGACAGACCAGCCUUUUGUGGGCUCUCUGCACCUGCAAUGCUGUCAGAGAACAUCUGUGUGCAAUGGCGCGAUGUCAUUGUCCAGUCGAUCGGGUUCCUCUGAACCGGGGCAAACUUUUCAAACAUGCACGAUCAUUCCAUUAAACUUACGGCCAGCUGUCAACCUUACUGGAACGCUCCAAUCAGCAACGCCCAGCCUGAUAAGAGGCUCCGCCUCCUCCUAAGUGAAAUUCUCAAUGUGAAUGGUAUAGCCCGUGAUCCUGAUGGGAAAUUGAUGAUUUCCUCCAUUCUGUUCCCCCUCUUGCUCUUAGUUGAGUCUUUUCCUUUCGUUCUUCUUGUUUUCCAUCUUUCCACACAGGGGCAGAAGGUUCUGUGCUCGUUACUCUGUUCUUUCACUCCUCGGCUCUGGUCACAGGUGUGAGAGUUUGCAGCAGUGGGCUCUGUAGAAACCGUAGUGAAGCCCAUUGAGUCACAGCAAAAAAAGAGGGCGGCACUCUCUUUUGCCUUGCAGUCCCACACUAAAUGCCUCUGCAACUGACCAAAACAAAUAUUAAAGGAAAGAGCGAUUCAGAAUGACAUGAAGAUGCUGCCUAGUUCCCAAACCUAGUGAGCUGCUGCAUAGGCUUCUAAGGAAGCAUCCUAAUUGCUAUGAAAGCUCAUAAGUGACUGAUCUGAUAGCACAGGAGUGCACCGGAAACUCACCUCCAGUAGAGUCCAGGCCAGAGGUUUUCUUCUAGAGGUGGAGAUGUUAAACUCUGAGUCUGUAUCAGUAGACAAAAAUGGUCAGCUUAGAUCACGUGAAUCUUCUAUGCCAAUUACACAAAGACUUUGGCAUCAUGGAAAUGCUUGCAAGCUCCAAAUAUAGCUGACUCCAAAACUAGCAUCUCCUUCAUUGAUUCCAUUAAAAAAUCAAUACAUUACAAGUGUUGAGCAGCGUUUGAAGGCUAGCACUGGAUUUGAUUGAUUUAAGUACAGUUAGCAUGUUGCUAAGCUAAUGAGUCUAAUCGUAGAAAUAUAUAGCACAUGGCAAUAUCGAGCUUCUGCUAUGAAUUCUUUACACUUAUUACAGUGGUAGACUUUGAGGUUUACAUGUUGCUAAGCUGAUAAUGUGGUGUGGCAUGAUGCGACACAACAGUAAACUGAUGCCCUGUUCGUACUACAAACGUUUACGCUACUUCCGACAACAGGACAAAUGGAUUUGGAUCUUUGGCUUUUUUCAGUAUAGACAGUCUAGAGAUGCUGCAGUGCACAUUUGCUCGUGCUAUGCAUUUCUACACUUCAGGUAUCACAACCUUAGCCUAGCAACAUGCUAAUGUCAAUGGGUUUAAGCCAGAUGCGCAACUUCAACACUGCAGUCAAAACGAUCCAUUUUUAAUCAGGUUAAACAAAUGUAUAGAUUUUUAUUAUUUUUAUAAUCGACAUUUGCCUUGAUUCGCCUACCAUCUUGAAUGAGCUUCACAGUGCAUUCUGGGAUUGCUUUAUCCACAAUGGUUACAUGCAGUGCUGCCUUAGAUUUUGGCCAAAAUUAGAUAUCCUAGAAGGCUGGAGCAGCCUUUGUGCCGGGAGCUCACAUUUAAUGCCUUAAAAUGUCAUCUCAAUAGGCAGCUCACUAGGUUUUGGAACAUGGCAAUGGUGUGCAUAUACAAAAGCUGAUUCUGUAUAUGUAUGUUUAGUGUAUUAUUACCGGUUUCAUCGGGACUGUUUAGGAUAUAUGAUGACUCGCUUGUGCAUGUGAGCAAGACGCUGUCUCAUUUAGUGAAAAUCUGGCCUUAACAUUCCAAGGAGGGUCACUGUAGACCUGUUGAGUAGCAUCUAAAGGGAGCAGCUUCAAUGCCUGUGCACUAGGCUAUAUCCUCUAUCAGUGUCCAUUUGAAUCACAGUUAUGAAAUAAAUCAACAGUCUUCAUGUUCAUGCGAGGCAAGGGAUAGUGGCUUUUUUUUGUCUUUGACCGAUUUCACCUGAAGCGAUUCAAAACUUCGCUUUCACUUCUCAAAAGAAAUUGAAUUUUGUUGAAGUUUACAGUCUUACAGUCAAAACUAUUCAGGUCUAUAUAUCUUAAGGAUUGUCAAGAUUUUUUGAGAAAAAAAAAAGUUACUUAUUUUUGGUAAUUUGUUCUUUUUUAUGGAAGAGAAAAAAAUCAAAUUUGAAACCUCAUCGGGUUUUUGUACCACUAUAAUCAUUCAAGAAAUCAUGGUGAAAAAAAAAAAAAAUCAUAUUUACUGUGUAUUUACCUAAUUUCUUAUUACGUGCCUUAUUAUGUGUUCAUAAUCAAAUAGGUUUUAGAAAUUUUACCUAAAAUAUCUUACGUACUAUUUUGUGGGAUUGGUAAGAGGGUUGAUUUAUUUUGAUCUUGAUUUUUAUUUUAUUUUUUGUUGUGUAGCUCUUAUAGAUGUGCAUUUUGUGGGGACUCAGUACCAUGUGGUCUUAAUAUGAUAUGAGAUGUAAGUUAUGAUGUAUGGUGCUGUGAAUGCUCUCAUUAGAAAAAUGAACGGUGAACUCAGCGAUGUUCAGAGCAUGCUGUGGGUCUCUAUUCUCCCUCGCUGAUGUGUGUGUGUGUGUGUGUGUGUGUGUGUGUGUGUACAUAUGUAUGCUAGACCCGCAUACCAUUGUUACAUAAAGCCUUUCUAGGCCACAAUUAUGUUCCUCAAUCUCUGAUAUAAAUAUUUUGCGCUCAGAGACAGAGGUUGCUGUAAGCUUGCGUAUCGUUCUGAUUAAAUAGUAUGAAUUUAUGAGCUGUUAUGAGCACGUCUGUGAAGUUUUUGUUCUUUUCUAUGUGAUCACACUUUUUCGCCAAACGAAUGUUCAAACGGGCUUUCAUGACUUUCAUUAAAGGAGCCACCCAAGUCGUAUCUAGAGUAGUGGUUGACUGAUACAUCGCCAAGAUAUAUCACCAAUUCUGUUUACCCAGUAUGUCAGAAGCGGGACUUUUAUUUUGAUGGCGUGUGAUAUAUCAGAUUUAUAUCGGCCCCCAUGCUCUCUAAGAUAUCGGACAUCAAAAUCGGUCGACCACUCAACUAGAGACUUUGAGGUGGACUCUUUUUACUUUGGGCCAGUAAGUAACCCCCUAGCAACCAUCAGAACACCCUAGCAACCGUACAGCAAUGCAUUAAAACCACUCUGAACAUCUUAGCAACCAUAUAGCAACAUUCUAGCAACCUCCCACAAACCAUAAUGUGAUGCCGGCGAGUUUUUCACGAGAAUGUGGACUAUAUCAUAUUCUGUGUGAUCUGCUUGAUAUCAUCUCUGUUCUGUCAUUCUAAUACGAUUAUGAAACUCCUAAUACAUGCGAUCAGUCUAAAUUUGGCUCAGAACGAGCGCACAGAGACCCAGAAGCCCACAGCAUUCGCUCUGAGUGUUCAGGUCUGCCUUUCAGUGAUGCUGAUGUCUGAGACCUCCGCCUGUGUGUUUUGGAGUUGUAUCUUAUUUACUGUAUCUUAUUAUUGAUUCAUUUUAGGGGUUUUGACCUGUUUCUUUCUUGCUCUGUUGUGAUACUUUUUGUUCUUUUUUUGGGGUUUGUUGAUCUUCUUUAUUAAGAGUGUGAAAACUGGUUCAAGAUUGUUGUCUGUCACUCUGCCUCUUCACAAAAGCAGAUCUGGGUCUGUAACGUCCUCCGAUGUGUGUGAACGGGAACGGGAGCGAUCUCUAGAGGUCAGGUCCGUCAGAAGCGCUCGGAAGGCGAAAUAUACGCAGCCGCGCAAGCGGAAAAACGAUCUGCUUCCGGCUGCCAUGCUUUUUAUUUAUCAACAGGAGAAAAGCCAGACUCCAUAAACGUGUCACUGAAGUCACAAGAAGUCACUUGUUUUUGUUUCUCAAAGCGAAACAUUUUCCAACAACGUCUUGACUCAGGCAACAACGCUCCGCUGUGCUGUAAGACAUUUUCUCGUCGAUAUCCACGCUCACUCGAACAGUUACACACGUGUAUGGUUUUUUCCAGGUUUUUUUUACUGAAAAAGUCACAAAUAAUGCAGGACCAAAGUUUAUGUGCCUUUCAUCUAGCUUAUUUGUAACUUAUUUCCUGGCUGUAUAUCAGAAACCGACAAACUUCUUGUAUUUUCCACUCUGGAUCAUGUCUGUUUUUCACGUGUCCCGCGGUUUGCUCUGUUUGUUUCCCUCAGAAAGGUCAAGCCAUAUCCUUUCCCUCGUCAAACUAGAUUCUGAAUGUGUUACCGGGCCCUCGUGGAUUCAUGUGAACCGCCUUACGCUUUCAGUAUUUCAUGAACAGCUCCGGAUAGAGGCCACAAUCUGUAAAACGGAUAAGCGGUUACACUUUUUGCUUUCUUCGUCAUCGAUUCCAUUAAAAAGCUUUACUCUUAAACGUACGAGACCACAACGACAAACCAACCACUGAAACCAAAGGACUUGAUUGAAUUGGAUCUGAUGCAGCACUGUUCAGACUGAAAUAUUUUAUCGCUUUAUUCCGAUGCAAUUGACCCUUACGAUCCAAACUUUAAAUUUUAGCCAUAAUGCUUUCUAUUUUCUUCUCGUGACUAAAUUUAUGGGCUAUUAUUAUAGAUAACUGAAUGGUGUAAUUUGCAUAAAAGGGAGGGGCUAGACUAAAUUAGCGAACUGAGGUGUCGCUCAAGCACAGCGCACAUACAGAAGUGCCUGAGUUGAUCUCAGGAUGCUUUGACACGCAACGAAAUACCUAAUUUAUAGUUUUUAUGAAUGUUUCACUACCAAACGGAAACAAAUGCUGUAUAUAUGUGUUCCUUAUCAUUUUAUUUUAUUGUUAACCUGGCCAAAAAAAUAAAAAAUAAAAAAAUGGUUUUGGGGAACAAGAUACACACACACACACCAAUAUGAACUGGUUUUUAUAUUUAUGGAAAUUAACAUAAGAACACAGUUUGUCUUCUGUAUUUUGAUAUCAUACCAGUACCAGCUUUCAUUUGUAAAGCCGUUUAUGUGACUUGUGGGAAUUGGGGAGAGACAUGAGCGUAUCCAGUUUAUGAGUUUGAUGUAAUAAAUGCAAAUAGAAGAUAAACUAUUAAAGAAACAUAUUUUCUAA